CGUCACAGCUCGAGGCUUGCCCCGCUUGCGGUGUGUACGUUCGGUCACAAGCGACUAACGAUAGCCGGAGUUCGGACCGAGACCCAGCCGGGAAACAGCAGCUUCCCGUGUGGCUUCUCGCGCCCCGUCGCCCCGGAAACUUUUCCUCCCCCUGUUAUGGGCCAUUAAAGAGACUUAUUUUGGAGGCAAGCUUCCACCCAGCGACUUGAAAACGAGCCGUCUGAACCCGCCGCCGCCCUCACUACACGUCAUCACUUUGGCCAUCAGCCAUGGGGAAACAGAACAGCAAGCUCCGUCCCGACGUCAUGCAGGACCUGAUGGACAACACCGACUUCACCGAGCACGAGAUCACCGAGUGGUACAAGGGCUUCCUGCGGGACUGCCCCAGCGGCGCCCUGUCCAUGGAGGAGUUCAAGAAGAUCUACGCCAACUUCUUCCCGUACGGCGACGCCUCCAAGUUCGCUGAGCACGUAUUCCGCACGUUCGACGCCAACGGCGACGGCACCAUCGACUUCCGGGAGUUCAUCAUCGCGCUGAGCGUCACGUCCCGCGGUCGCCUGGACCAGAAACUCAAGUGGGCCUUCAGCAUGUACGACCUGGACGGGAACGGUUAUAUCAGCAAGGCCGAGAUGCUGGAAAUCGUCACGGCCAUUUACAAGAUGGUUUCCUCAGUGAUGAAGAUGCCAGAGGACGAGUCGACGCCCGAGAAGCGUACGGAUAAAAUCUUCAGGCAGAUGGAUACCAAUCGGGACGGUAAAUUGUCCCUGGAGGAGUUUGUAGAGGGCGCCAGGAACGACCCGUCCAUUGUGCGGCUGCUGCAGUGUGACCCCAGCAGUGCCGGCCAGUAAACGCAAGAUGGCUUCCUAUCUAUUCAUUUUUUUUUUCCUGUUAGUUCUUUAUUGAAAAAAAAAAAAAAAAACACCACCACUCUUUGAAGGACACCUGUGAAGGACUGUUUUGCUGUACGCACAGCAUUUGUUAAAAAAAAAAAAAAGCAACAACAAAGAACAAAAAAAAAAGUGAAUUUAGGAGGUACGGAACUGCACUGAAUCCAUGUUUGCUGCUGGGCUUUUUGAGGUGGCUAUAGAGACAGUGGACGACAAGUUGUGGAAGUGGAGUAUCUUUUUUUUAUCCAGUUUCACAAGGAUUUGAACGCGCAUUUUUGGGAGGAAAGUUACACAGUCAAGCCCCAAAUGAGUCGCACGUUGGCUGGACAUUUAUUGCAAAGACAAUUAUAUAUUAGCUGCCGUUGACAGCGAUAGACGUCCAAUCCAUCCUUCCGCUUCAAAUGGAUUUGACGUCUAUUAAAUGAUAAACUCAUUUCAAUUCAAUUUCAUUUGUUGUUAUUAUUAUUAAACAAUCUUCAAAUUCAUAUGAUCGAAUUAAAAAGUUGAAACGCAUCAAAAUAAAAAACUGAAAGGGUUCAACCGUUAAUUAAUUUAAUACGAAUUUAUUUUCACUCAGGAAAUAAAAAAAAAAAAAAAACUCAAAAUGUGGCCAGAAGAUGAAUCAUUUUGGGCUUAGCUGUUUAAAAACACAAACAAAAAAAACAAUAACCCCUUGAUGCCUGAAUUUAUGUUUGACAAAUUUACAUGAAGCAUUGGACAAAUGCAUAAGUACAUAAAAAUAGUAAUAAUUUAAAAAUUCUACAUAUAGAAAAUAAAAACAAAAAAUAAAGCUUAAAAAUGAAAAAAAAAAAAAAAAAAUCUCCCCAAAGUUAUAUAAAAAGAAAAAAAAACUGUUAUAUUAAUUAUCAAAAUUACUAUUUUUGUUAACAUAAUAAUCAAUUUAAAAAAUAAAAGUACACAUUUCCUCAUUUUUAUUUAUCUUAAUCAUUUUUAAAAAAGCAUUUUGAUUUCAUUUAAAUUUAUUAUUAUUUUUUUAAUUUUAUUUUUUAAAUUUAAAAUUUCAAUAAAAAAACUUAGAUUUUUAUUUUUUUUUUAAUUUAGGUUUUCCAAUUUUUAGAUGUAUUUUUCCAAAUUAAAUAGCAAUUUUAAAAAAUUACUGUAUAUACUUAUUAAUUCAUUGGCUAUCCUCAUUAAUGCCAGUGAAUGAGUUAAAUGUAAAUUCCGGCAUCAAGGGAUUAAAACCCAACACCUACAUACCCAAAACCAAAAUAGCUGUUUUAAACAACAUGUAUAGUAUUCCAUUCUUAUAUCCACAUUUGGAAAAAAAAAAGUGUAAAUUAUUGCAAUGUGAUGUUUUUCUUGUACUUGAACGGACGAAAAAAAAUGUAUUGUAUAUUUAUGCUAGACCAGGACCACACGCGCAUCAGUAUGAAGUCACACAACCAAAUGUGACGUUUUUCCCGCAACGAUUAUUUUUGUACGUCACGCUUUAAAGCUGCACCAAAUUUCAAUUUCCAUUGUCGUGUUGAAUUUAUUAAUUUGAAGUAUUUUUUUUUUUAAAUCCUUUCUGGUGUGAAGACAUGUUUUUUGUAUGUGUGUGUGGGAAGGAAACAAUCAUUUAGAAACAGAACAACUGUGACAAUGACGGUGGAAAAGGCCGUCAGGUACAUUUUGGGUCCCGCUUCCGAUAGCAUCUUGUGGUCAAAGUGCCAAAUAUAGAUGAUUCAUUCAAAUAAAUAUAUAUAUUUACGCAGUAUUGUAUCAUUUAUACUGUACAGUUGUUACCCGUUGAACAAACGAGGACAUUGCUAUCAUGUUUUUUUUGUAGAUUUUGUAUUGUUAACUUCUGUGUAGGAUGUCCGUUUUGUUAUUCAAAUAAAGACAAAAGGGCC